AUGUCAGACAAUAAAGGGUCGUUGGAUUGCCUUCCAAUCUAUUCAUUCCUCUUUUCGAAUAAAAAAGGCUCUAGCUUAUAUAACGCUUAUGACCGAAUAUAUAGCUUAUCUGAGAUUCAUGAAUGUAUUAAUGGUCAAAAACCUUUAAGAGUCGUGAUUGACAUAGAUGCUUCGCAAAAAGAUAUUGAAAUAACUGGUGUUAAAGUACAAGAAAAUAUUCUCAAUGGAUUAGUAAUUACUACAUCAUCGGAUCAUAGCAAGUGUAGCUACCAUAUUUUAUACGCACCAGCUCUUCUUAUUGAUCAUCACAAACUCAAAGCAUUUACUGAAUUAGUAUAUACUAUAACCAGUGAAAAAUUCAGCAAGUUUAUUGAUAGAAGAUUACCUGGUCAAAAUUUUAACUUUCGCCUAAUUGGUUCAGCAAAAAAAGGUCGUGUAAAGCGUAUUCUUCAAUUCUCACUAGAUAAUGGGUGGAAUAAAUUCGAUCACGCUAGAGUUCAACCACCUACUAGCUUAGGGCUUGAAGUAAGACCUCGAAUGCUUAGUACAGAAAAAAAUAAUAAUUCACUAAGAAUAUCUGUAUGUCAGGAUGUAUUACAGAAAUUCGCAAAUCUAGUUUUGCAAAAAUAUUCUAACUAUCUUAGGGAUUGGACUAUCAAAGAAAAGGGCUCAGAAAACUUCAUAUAUUUUAACCGGAAAGCUCUACUAGAAUGUCCACUAUGUAAACGUAUACAUGAUAAAGAUCAAAGUGAUGAACCAGGGGAUGUUUUUGAAUGUGACCCAUCUAUUGCAGAAAAAAUUCAGCGAAAAAAUAAAAAUUCUCUACAAUCCUCUCACAAGAUAAAAUAUCCAGGUUUCCCUAAGGUCUUCGUAAAAUUCCCAUCUUGGGUUAGGUAUAAUGACUUCCUUACAGCAACAGAAAUAUAUGAGGAGAGAUAUGUAAGACAAUUUCCCAAUGAAGGUGAUAUCUAUAUGGGGUCGCCUUGGGAAACGGGAAAAAUCUAUAUUUUUAAAAAUUUAGCUAUUUCUGAUGACGUAAAUUUACUAGUGCUAUUUACGCAUCACUCUUAUUCUAAUGCUAUUACUACAAGGCUUAAUCUUAAGUUAUAUUGCGAUAUUGAUAGUAAUAUAAAUCUACCUGAUCAUAAGAGGGUAGUAUGUCAGAUAGAGAGUUUACACCAUAUUACUAAUAAUUGUAAAUACGAUAAAAUUGCAAAUGCUCUCCAACCCAAUACAAUUUAUGGCUUGAUGAAAUAG